AUGGUGCUGAACCAUCUCACAGCCCCGAUUAUAACCUCCACAGAGGUACCACCACAGCAGCCCGUACCAGACACCGGAAACAAACCCAAGGAGCGAACCGCAGCCUCCGACCCCAACAUCCCUGACCACCGACUCAAUGUAAACAGACCCUGCAUCUACGAGCGUCGACUUCCAGGCAAUGCCUAUAUAACAGCGCACGUCCAACGCCUCCAGCACGGCUACUAUUCUACAGACGCCGUCUCAGACCGAGAUAUCGACAAUGUCGACUUCCUCGCCGUUAGCUUCGUUUUCCAUUCCCCAGACACCCUCAGCCACCGCUUCAAAGCGGCAACCAUCCGGGCCUCCCUUCACCAUCCCACCCACAGCCACACAACCAACAGACAAAGUUCCAGCAGCUCCAGGUCGCGACAACACCGAACAAACCACCCGCGUUUCCUAAUGCACGCACCGCACCUGCUUUACGGCUCUGUCUCCCCCGAGACCCUCCAAUGGAGCUACAGCCUUGCAGGCACCCUCGGAAUCGCGCAGCUCCCGCUCAUCGCAUCCAUCUCUCCAGCCGCGGGUCUCAACGGACGAUUCAGCAGGUACGAAAUGAUGCGCAUACAAGGGUCAGUCCGCACACUAGACGGCGCUGCAGCAAGCCAAAUCGUCUGGACAUUCGAGGAAAACACACUGCAGCGCUCGGGAUUACCCCGUGAAUUCACAUUCGCGAUGCUCAUCGCAAAGCCGGCACCCGAGAGCCGCGUCCAGCUUGUAUUGGAGAUUGAGCCAAUUCUGCAGUGCUGGUUUGGGUCUUACCCCGGCUGGUGGCUGACGCUGUUACGGAGAUAUCGCGCCGUUAGGAGGAAACGGGGGGUGGAUUUCAGAACGAGUGUCGGGCAGCGGUUUGGUGCGUCCGUUAGGACCUCUUCUUCAUCGUCUUCGAGGAGGGGAUUCAAUUUUGCGAAUUUGGUGGCUGGCUUCGAUGAGUACGUGUCUUUGUCUGGAAAGAGGACUAUGAUCGCUGCCGGCGGAGAUAUGCAAGAUCAAACAGAUGGGCAAAUGCCAUUCCCACUCCCGAAUCCAAAUCCAAAUCCAAAUCCAAAUCCAAAUCCAAAUCCAAAUCCAAAUCCAAAUCCAAAUCCGAACCCAAACCCGUUCCAACCACAAACGCCAUGGCCUGGAGACGGACUAUGGCCGAGAGAACCUCAAAACUCAAUGCCACGCGGGAGAGUUCGAUUCGACUUCCAAGCAGCCGAUGAGAAUGCGGAUGUGACGACAACUGCACAGAACAGGAGCUAUAACAGUUACGGCACCGGCAAAGAAAACAUCAACAGCAGCAGCAGUAACAGCCGCAGCCGCAACAGUGCCCAACGCAGCAAGCCGCGGCGUGAAUAUUACCAGCCUCGGUAG